AUGUGUGGUUUUCGGCUGUUUGUGAGAGUUCUUUCACGGCUAAAGUCUAAGGUGCUUCACAGACCAUCUAAUGUCAAUGGUGUAGGUGCUUUUGGAGCUGAAAAAGAAGUGAUCAAGCACAAUGGAGCGGGCACAGUCUCCCUCCCCGACUUAUUUGUUAGAAACUUUGGUAAGUUGUAUAGGUCUUGUGGCAUUUGCAAAAGUAUGUACGAGCAAAAAGUCAUUAUGGACAACAUAUCUGCCACCAGUGAGGAGACCUUGAUGUGA